UUGCUCCGCUGCUGAGCGCCGCCGGCCGGCCCCAGGGCUCCGGGGCUGCCCCUGCGGGGCGGGAGGCCGCCAUGGCGACCCUGGAGAAGCUGAUGAAGGCCUUCGAGUCCCUCAAGUCCUUCCAGCAGCAGCAGCAGCAGUCGCCGCCGCCGCCGCCUCAGCCGCCGCCGCCUCGGCAGUCGUCUCAGCCGCCUCAGCAGCAGGAACCGAAGUCGCCGCCACCGUCCGGGUCGCCGGCCGCCCGCAGCCAUGGAGGACUUCAUCGUGAUCUCGGACGACAGCGGCUCCGAGAGUUCCGGGGGGGCCCGCCCGGGCCGGCCGCGGAGGAUCCGCCGGACCCUGUCCCGGGCUCCCGGCGUGCUGCCCCGCCGGACCGUGGACUUCAUUGAUUUAACUAGAGAAGCCAGGCCAAGGGCCAAGGAUCGCAAUGGACUCUGUGUGAUUGACCUGACAAGAACUGAAGAAGAAAACAGACCUAUUGCUACUCUUGACUUGACUCUAGAACCUGUUGCUCCUUCCCAGAAGGAACCAGCCAGUCUUCAGACAUGUACUGGUCUCUCUAGCAAAGAAACACUAGAAGGGCAUGUAGACAGAAGCUCUCGGCCUGCAGCACAAAGGAUCAUCAACAGCGAUCUUGUGGAUUUGGACCUUUUAGAAGAACCCACAUUUGAAGGCCGCCAACUCCUUCCACCCAUUAGUGGGGACUCUGUUUAUCCAGCAGAGCCGAACUGUAGCUCAACCACACUAAAAGGUGACCUAGGCUUCUUGGCCAGCCUGCAGCUCUCUUCAAAUGUUCACUCCCUCUCCCCAACAAGCAAUAAUGGUAGCAGCACUAAUCAAAGGGUACCCUUGCCAUGCCUACAGCAAGAUGUGCCUUGCCCACCACAAGCCUUGCCAUGCCCAUUGCGAGCCUUGCCAUGCCUGCUGCGAUCCUCACCAUGUCCACCCCGAGCCUCCUCAUGCCCGCCACGAGCCUUGUCAUGCCCAUCACAAACAGCGCAAUGCCAGCUACAAGCUUUGCCUCACCUGCCUCAAGAAGUGCCAUGUCCUCCUCAAGAUGUGCCAUGCCCUCAGAAUGUGCCAUGCCCUCAGCAGAAUAUGCCAGGCCCACCUCAAGACUCAGUCUGCCCACCUCAAGACAUUCUGGGCCUACCUCAAGAUAUACCAGGCCCAUCUCAAGACAUAUCAUAUCCAGCAGAUGUGGCACAGCUGCAAGAUAUGCCACCAUCACUUGGACAUGUGCCACAAUCACCAAGAGACAUGCCACAAUCACCAGGACACAUGCCACAGUCAACAGGACACAUACUACAAUCAUCAGGACACUUGCCACAGUCAUCAGGACACAUUUCACAGUCACCAGGACACAUGCCACAGUUACCAGCAGACAUGCCACAGCCACCAGCAGACAUACCACAGCCACCAACAGGCAUGCCACAGCCUUCACCAAAAGGUGUGACAUCUUCAUCUGGAGAAGGCCCAUAUACACCAACAGAUGUGAUAGGCUUACCUGGAGAUGUAUCACACUUGCCAGAAGACAUACCACACUCACUUGGAGAAUUGUCGCACUCACCUCUGGAGAAACCUGACUCACCCCCAAAUGAUAUACAGAACUGUGACACUCCUAUGGACAUCUCAGCUCCAAGUUCUCCAAGCUGCUCCUCCAGCCCACAGUCUCCAGAGUCUGAUGCUUCCUUAGAGAAAGUUCCUUGGCUCUCUGUCACAGAAACUCCAGCCAGGAAGGAGGUAUCACCGUCAGAACCUGGCCACCCUAGACCUGCCCAUGUACAAGCACAAAUGCCACAAGGUGGGCUGCACAACAGACCAUGCCUACAUAGACUGAAGUAUUUCUUACGACCUCCGGUACAUCACCUUUUCUUCCAGACGCUAAUACCAGAUAAAGACACAAGAGAGAGCAAGGGUCAAAAAUUAGAACCCAUCCCUCAUCGAAGACUAAGAAUGGUAACAAACACCAUUGAAGAAAAUUUUCCCCUGGGGACUGUGCAGUUUUUGAUGGACUUUGUAUCACCCCAGCAUUACCCACCCAGAGAAAUUGUGGCUCACAUCAUCCAGAAAAUCCUGCUCAGUGGCUCUGAGACCGUGGAUGUCCUAAAGGAGGCCUACAUGCUUCUCAUGAAAAUACAACAGCUACACCCAGCUAACUCCAAGACAGUAGAGUGGGACUGGAAGCUACUUGCCUAUGUCAUGGAAGAAGAGGGACAAAAUCUGCCCGGGCGAGUCCUUUUCCUGCGUUAUGUAGUCCAGACGUUGGAAGAUGACUUCCAGCAGAUCUUGAGGCGGCAGCGACAGCACCUGCAGCAGUCCAUCGCCAUCACCGUGCUGUCCUGUGACAAGCAGCCCCACAAUGUCAGAGAUGUUAUCAAGUGGUUGGUCAAAGCAGUAACUGAAGAUGGAUUAACUCAGCCCCCAGCUGGGAAUCAAACCUCUGGAAUAGGAAGCUUGAAAGCCAGCAGUAGCAGCACUUCUCCCCUGCCCAACCUGACAAAGAACGCCAAUCAGCUGAUUGUCUGCCAGCUGCAAAGGAUGCUGUCCAUAGCUGUGGAGGUGGACAGGACCCCCACCUGCAGCUCCAAUAAAAUUGCUGAGAUGAUGUUUGGGUUUGUGCUGGACAUUCCUGAGAGGAGUCAGAGAGAGAUGUUCUUUACUACCAUGGAAAGCCAUCUUCUGCGCUGCAAAGUGUUAGAAAUCAUAUUCCUCCACAGCUGCGAGACACCCACUCGCCUGCCCCUGUCUCUGGCCCAGGCCCUCUACUUUCUGAACAAUUCCACAUCACUGCUCAAGUGUCAGUCAGAUAAAACCCAGUGGCAGACUUGGGAUGAGCUGGUUGAACAUCUGCAGUUUCUGUUAUCCAGUUAUCAACAUGUUUUAAGAGAGCACUUACGGAGUUCAGUGAUUGACCGGAAAGACUUAAUAAUCAAGAGGAUCAAGCCCAAGCCCCAGCAAGGAGACGACAUCACAGUGGUGGAUGUGGAGAAGCAGAUCGAGGCCUUCCGCACCCGCCUCAUCCAGAUGCUGGGGGAGCCGCUGGUCCCGCAGCUCCAAGACAAAGUGCACUUGCUGAAGCUCCUGCUCUUCUAUGCUGCAGACUUGAACCCCGAUGUAGAGCCCCCCACCACCAACUGGAGCAGCCCCUGAAUCCGAAGCACUGAACACCAAGAAUACCUCCUGAACUCUAGCUCCAACUAUUGGGAACUUCCUCUAAGAGUAUAAAAAGUAGCUAAAAACCUUACAGGACCAAACCUAUUUAUCUGUAGGUUAUAAUACCUUUCUAUGGCUUAGGAAAUUUUUUUUUUUCUAUAAUCCUUAGCCUAGCCUGUUCUCAACUGGCUUAAAUACACAUGGUGUAUAUAUUUUGUAAUAAAUUAUUUAUCUAUACUUUUUUUGAAACAGGUAAUACCAUAUGCACUAAAUGCUUAAUAUUUCCAUUCAAGAUGUGAAAAAAGAAUCCCUCUCCUGAACAAAUCCUAGACAUCAAUUAUGUCAUCCAAGGUACUGACAGCCUGUUUCAAAAGAGAAAAGACAUCCAUUGCUCCCUAAUGGAACACUACAUCCUAUAUUAAAACUGUUAAUUGCCUAUGAAUUUGACCUGGUGGCCAGUUACAUUAAGAUCUUCUGUAAUGAAGUGGGGAGGUAGAAACAAAAAGAUUUGAGUGUUACCAAAAAUUGACGUUAAAAGGAUAUAAUAAAAAGGCAAUGUUUUUGCAAAUUAU